AUGACUAAUCGCGGGAACGGAGGCAUUGCCACCCUCUUCGUUCUGGAAAACGCCACAUCGGAGAAUUCAUUCCUACUCUUCGUGGCCGUUCUCACUCUAGUCCCCAUAGCAAGGAGCAAUGAGUGUAGCAGCUUAGUGGGAAUACUGAUGCGCUAUGGGAUGAUCCAAUUUCUGAAGGGUCGAGACCACUAUGUGAUUAAAAACCCCAUGACUGUUGGACCUUGGGAUGUGCAAGACGCAAAAGUCUACAAUCUCAGCAGCAUGCGGAUCUCCCCAGACGUCAAACUCAGUGACUUUGUGAAGACGGAAAGUGGAAUCACGCCCUGUUUCCGAGCCAACUUCUCGGUCGGUUUUCAGGAAAUCGUCGUAGCUGGCAAGUCGCGUAUUAGCUUCAUGGGUAGGCUGGGCAAGUUCGAUCCAGUGCGCUUUCUCAUCCUGCCCUUUGAGGUGGAGGUUGCCCUACGAGUCUGCUCACCCUUCGAACUGUCCAGGGCCAACCUUGCAAUAGACCUGAUCCCCGAGACAGCCAACCAUACCGACCCAGUCAAGCUGGCCCAGCUGCAAAUAGAGUUAGAAGGGUUCCGUUUCCUGCAAUGGACGGGAGUGCGAGUGAAGGGGAAAGGCUUCUUCCGUCGAAUGGUGGGUGUCGCAGUUCGCCUCAGUGUGGUGAACAACGCGAUUAAAAGCCGGCUGGAGAAACGCAUGCACGCGUACAUGCUCCAGAAGUUGGCUUCCUUUACCGAGAAACUGUAUCAAAGAGUGGAGAGGUGGGUAGACAGAGCCCGAAAACAGUACUUCAGCAAAUUGCAAGCGUAG